GCGAAGAAGAUUAGGCCUACGUGUCAAUAUUGCAACAAAGUUUUUUCAGACAAAAGCAAUUGCAACAAACAUAUUAAGGCAGUACAUAAGAGGAACUUGAAUGGUGAAGUACUCCUUGACUCUGAGAAAUUGGAGUGUCAGCAUUGCGUUAAAGUGUUUAGUUCUAAAUUUAAUUAUACUCGCCACAUUUUGACGGUUCACAAAAUAGACUUGAAAGAUGAUUGUAAACUCGAAUCGGAGAAAUGUUCAUGUGUAUUGUGUGACAAGCAAUUUGCAGAUAAGGGAGACCUACAAAAUCACAUGAAUGCAAUUCAUUUCCCUCAAGGAAAUACUAUUUCUAAAGGGAAAUAUUGGGAACAGGCUUCUCUUGAGGGCAGGUUCAAAUGUUCUAGGCCUAAUUGUAUUGCAGCUUUUGCAGAGGAGAGAUCUCUGAAAUUGCAUGUACGAAAACAUCACCACAACUUUGGUAGAAAAUGGAAAUGCCCUCUUUGCCCUUACACUGCAAGGCAAAGAACAAAUGACAUCCAUCGUCAUUUCGAAAAAAAUCAUGACAUUCCCCUAAGAAAAGAACACCAUGUUUUCAAAUCAAGAGAAGAAUUCAUUUCUUGGAAAUGUGAAAUGGAAAAAACAAGUGUGUCUACUUACAGAAAAAGAUCGUCUAAAGAAAACUAUUUAUAUUAUCAGUGCCAUAGAUGUGGUUUUUAUAAUUCAGAAGGUCGAGGUAAACGUCACAUAAAAAUAUCAGGGACAUGCAAAAUUAAUGGUUACUGCCCUGCAAACUUAACAGUGAAGAUAAAAAAUGACACUCUUCAUGUUACUCAUGUUGUAACACAUGUUGGCCACAAAAACGAAAUAAAACAUAAAAAACUUUCGAGUGAAGAGAGGCGGCUCAUAGCGCUUCAGUUGGCCGAUAAAAAGCCACACGAGGAAAUCCUAAAAAACAUCAGAGAAUCAAUUAGCAAUUAUCAACUGCAAAGGAUACACUUAACAAAUAAAAAAGAUAUAGUAAAUAUUGAAAAGAGUUUCAAUUUACACCAUGAAUCAGUGAAACACCCAUUCGAUCCGGUGAGUAUUUCAUCUUGGGUGAAAGAAAUGAAAAACUCAACCACUAUAGCACAUGUUAGUUUUAAACCUCAGGGUGUAAAGGACCCUCAAUAUCCUGAUCUUCAAGAAAAUGAUUUUUUGCUGAUAUUUAUCACGAAUGCUCAGAAAGCCAUGUUGCAAAAAUUUGGAGCUGAUACCAUUUGUAUAGAUGGAACACAUGGUUUAAACACAUAUGAUUUCCAACUGUUUACAUUAUUAACUCUAGAUGAAACGAGGGAAGGAUUCCCUUCAGCUUUCAUGUUCAGCAACAAAGCCGACAUAUCAGUAAUGAAGAUAUUUUUUGACUGCAUAAAAUCAACUGCAGGGGUUAUAAAACCAAAAGUCUUCAUGUCGGACAUGGAUGCAACCUUUUAUUCAUCCUGGAACCAAGUAAUGGGACAAGUAGAAAAUAGACUUUAUUGUUCAUGGCACGUCUUGAAAGCUUGGAGAAGAAAAUUAGGAGAGGCCAUCAAAACAAAGGAAAAACGUGAAUAUGUUCAGAAAAUAUUACAAACUUUAAUGUACGAACUAGACAUUGACACGUUUCACAGACUUCUGGAGGGAUUCCUAUCUACACUGAAAGCUGACGAUGUUUUUCAUGAUUUCUUGGAAUAUUUCAGCAAAAAUUAUUUAUCAGUUGGACAGUACAAAUCAUGGGCAUAUUGUUAUAGAGUACAUGCUGGUAUAAACACUAAUAUGUCUCUGGAAAGUUUCAACAGGGUGUUGAAGUAUUGUUACCUGAAAGGGAAAAAGGUAAGACGGUUGGACAAGACACUUUGUGCGAUAUUGAACUUGAUGAGAGACAAAAUAUUUGAUCUUCUUAUUAAAAUGCUUAGAGGAAAGCUGGUGAGGAAACUUCAAACCCUACGGAAAUGUCACAAAAGAAGUUUAACUGUUGGAAAUAAUCAGAUAAUGGUGAAUGAAAAUAAAUGGCUGGUAACUUCUUCGACACAAACAGAGUUUUAUACAGUUAAACGUGUAAGGCAAUGUAAAACCUGUCAGUUACAGUGUUUUAGUUGCAAUUCAUGUUUUCAUGAAUUUGUUUGUAACUGCAUUGAAAGUGCAAUUAGGAAUAAUAUGUGUAAACACAUACAUGCAGUGGCAACAAUGGUCCAUCGGGUUCAAGAAGAACACAACUAUAUGAGGUGUGAUGGAACCAAAAAUGAAGGGUCAAUUCACCGUGACCUUGAAAACGAUGAAAAUCAGUUGGAAUUAUUGAAUGAAGUGAGCAGACCUACAGAUAAAAACUUGGCAAUUGAAAAGAAAAUUGCAAAAGCAAUGGAAGAUAUAGCUACAAUUACACACAACGUUACAAGUCUAGAUGUGGCCUCUUAUUUUGAAAGAGAAAUUACAAGAAUCAAGACAAAUAUAGAAGCUAUGAAUGAGCAAUCUAUCCAUACUUCAACUUUACAGGUAAAGGGUGUGCUGCCUAAUGGCAAUGAAAAAUUUGAACAACAAAGAAAGUUUUUUCGAGCCAAAAAAAGGACUAUGGCAAAAAAAAUUCACAAAAUUUCAACUGAAGAACGGAAUGCUCUUGCUUUGCAACUAUUAUCAACCAAAGAUGCUGUAGGUUAAGAAGUUUCUAGGCUGAUAAAUGAGGAAGGCUCUCAUGAAUGAAGGACUUAGAGAUGGAAAAACCUGCCACUGUAGAAAAUGGGGAAGAGACGUGGCAUUUUCAAAUGUAAAUGUGUUACCUAUGUAAAUCUUUAAUAUAAAUCUAUUUAGGCAAAUUA